AGAAAUGGAAAAAAUGACUUUUAUGCCAAGUGAAGCUGCAUUGACGUUACAAAAUGGUCAAUGUGGAAAUAGUGACACCAAUGUUGAAACUGCUACUGUACCACGACGUGCACUUUGCUACCCAACAUCGCUGAAAGCAUGUUGUUUUAAGAAUCACUGUCAAAAUAUGACAGUUAAACAGUGUCAGUGUGGGGAAUGUUUAGACCUUAGACAGAGACUGCACGCAGAGAAGCACAACUGGCAGCCACUCUCAAACCAAUGUCCAUUGACAUAUUAUGAUCCAACUUUAGCCUGUGACAUGUUGGCUCAAAAGAAUGUGAAGCAUAUUAUCCUAGUGGGGGAUUCCCUAGUGAGGCAUUUCUUUGGGGCACUCCUGAUACUUCUCAGUGGACAUAUGAAAGAUGGAGCGAUGAAACAAAACACAAAACCAGAUGACAGAGAGAAAUGUGGAUAUCACUUACAAUUUGAUGAAAAGUACUGCCGGAAGCUAAAUGACAGAACUAGAACGAUUUGUAAUUCAAAAGUUCAACUAACAUUGAGAGAAGACUACUCAUUAGGUUUAUUACAAAAGUCUGUUGCCUUUAUAAGAGAGCAGAAAAACCAAGUGAUCCUCUUUUCAACAGGCCUUCAUAAUGGGUUGAAUUUCGAGCCAACAAAAGUGGCAUUGCAAAAAUAUAUUACUGAUUUGGGCCAUGGGAUCUUUCAACAUCGGUCCUUUACAAACCAUUCAAGACCUAGGAUGCUGUUUAUGACACCUCAUUAUCCUGGGCUUAUGAAACGGGCCCGCUAUUUGACCAAUCACCAAGGGACAGAGGACGUAAAGAUUUACUCAGACAAAAUGAGACAAUUCUUGGCACGUUACAACAUUCCAAUGUUUAACACAAGUGCAUUAACUAGCCAUACAUUCAGCUUUGAUGGAACACAUUUUGGUUAUGGACUGAAUGUCCAUUUAUCUCAUAUACUGUUGAACUAUAUUAGCCAAUUUGAUUGGGACACCUUUGAAACUUAAAGUUAUGAAAUUUGAUAACAAUUUACAAGUAGUUGCAUGACUAUUUUAUGAUACCACCAAAUGCCUACCAAUAAGAGGGGAGAGUCAAGAUUUUGAUCGACAUUUUUAAGUUAUCGAAAAUUUAACUGAUAUAAAGAAAUCAUGAUGAUUUGGAUUUUUUUCAUUUUGUAUAAGC